AUGUCGAAACGGCGCGAUAAAGGAAAUUCUUCAAAUUCUGAAGAUGAAGCUUUAAAACUAUCGAAAAAAGAAGAAGAAAUUGCCAAAUACGUUAGAUUCAAUUGUCCCACAUCGACGACAAUUUUCGAAGGAAAUGAAGUACAUUAUUUCAGUGGCUGCAAAGCUGUAGACACGCUUUGGGAAUCUAAAUAUGGAUCGAAGAAUACAAAAAAUCCAAUGUUCAAAACUAGAGAUGAAUGUUAUCAUUACAUUGCCGAUUUGUUCCCUAAACAACUCUUCUUCCGAGCGAAAAAACUUGUUCCAAAGAAGAAGGACGAUAAGGAAAAAGGCACGGAUUCGGCUGCCGAUGCUCCAAAAUCUCCGAAGAAGAGCGCCGAAAAACGCAAGGACAAGAAAACAGUGAAGGAAGAGGAUACCGCUGCCGAGACUGAGAACGAAGAUAAGAAAAAAGAGGAAAAUAAGAAGGAACAAACGGAGGAAGAGAAGAAGAAAAAGAAGAAGGUUAAGCUAUUAAUCCACCCAACACAAGUUUUCUGCGACGACAAAGAUGUUUAUGUAUGGGUGUAUGAUCCGACUCCGCUUUAUAAGAAGAUUAUCGGAGUUUUGAUGUUGUUGGGAACAAUUGUCGGUUGCCUCUUCCCCUUAUGGCCAAUGUGGUUGAGACAAGGAGUCUAUUAUGUGUCAUUGACGGGAAUUGGAUUGUUCGCAUCAAUUAUUGUUGUAGCUAUUCUGCGCACGAUCUUGUUCGGUAUCAUCUAUGCUGUGACACUCGGCAAGCAUAAGCUGUGGAUCCUUCCAAAUCUUACCGAGGAUUGCGGAGUUUUGGAAUCGUUCCAACCAUGGUAUACUUAUGAGUAUUGCCCGGGAGAUAAGGAUUCGAAAUCCGACAAAAAGAAGGAUAAGAAGAAAUCGAAGAAGGAUAAGGAUAGUGAUGCUGAACAGGAUGACGAUCAAGAGCCACUCGUGAAGAACGAAAAAGAUGGUGAGGAAGAUGACGAAGAUGCUGAAAAAUAUAGUCAAGCGUCGACUGAUGAGAAUUACGAGAAAAUCGACGGAGAGGAUGUUUCUUCUGCUCCAUCUUCUCCCGCUGAGAAUCCAGUCCGAAAGCGUCGGCCAGCCAAAGUCUAA